UUACCCACCCUAGGAUGUCCUUUAAUGAUCAGCAGUGCAAGCAGCCAUGUGUGCCUCCUCCAUGUCUUCAAAAGGCCCAAGAGCAGUGCCAGGCAAAGGCUGAGGAGGUGUGCCUCCCCCCAUGCCAGGACCCCUGCCAAGAGAAGUGCCCAGUGCAAGUUCAGGAGGUAUGUCUUCCUCAGUGCCAGGAGUUGAGCCAAGAGAGUUGCCCACAGCAAGGCCAAGACCAAUGCCCACCUCAGUGUGUGGAGUCAUGUCAGGAGCUAUCUCAGACAAAAUGUGUGGAAGUUUGUCCACAAAAAGUCCAGGAGAAGUGCUUACCCCCUGGCAAGGGAAAGUAGCAUCUCAUAAUGUCAUCUGGGGUCAAGAAGAAGAUGGCCAACAGAUGAAAACCUAACCCAAGCCCGUGCUAUGGUAACAUUCACCUGUGGGUACCUCUGUGUGCACCUGUUCUUGCUUCCUGGCUUCUUCAGUAUUCCAGGACUGGGUCUGUUGUCUCUGAAGGCAUUUCUCUCUGUGUUUCAUCAAUCUCUGUGAAUAAUUAUUGUUCUCAGCAGUCUAGUAGAAGGUUUCAACUGUAAGAAUAGUGCAGUUGUUCAGCUCCCAUGGGGCACGAACUCAUCCAGCCCUGAGUGUAUAACAGCCAAGGAUGCUUCCAUUCAUCAUUCAGAGCUUCAGCCUCUCACUCGAACCUCAAAACAUGCUGACUUUUGAUGGACAUUGCUCUGAUCACCACCACCACCACCAUGGAUACCGAGAAGAAGUUGGUGGUGUUAUGGAAAUAAAAAAUUGGGUUGCUUUGUCUAUGCAUCCUAAACAGGAACAGCAAAUGAUUGGAUAUUGGAAUGUUAGUUGUGCUUUUAGAAAAAUGAAACAAAAGUAUAUAAAUGAUUGAAUCCAAACAGCCAAUAAGGACAAAUGAGAUGGGAUGUCUGGGGUCCUGGUUGAUCUUUGUGCUUGAUGGCUGGUCUGCUUGGGCCCUAUAAUUUCACAUACAUUCUUUAGAGACGUGAUUUAUGUCUGUGGGGUGCAGGCUAGUCUGCUCUCCAGCUUCAUUGCUUUCUUCUCCCUGGUGAAGGUAAAUACAGAAUAAAGCUGAUUCCAA